CCAAAAAAGGCUAAUUGGGCGGUGGGCUCUAGCAAAAUAACCCGAACAGAUGUAUAAAAGGGACCUCCUCGACCUCACUCACUUCUCAUAAUAAUCUUCCUCAAUCGGUCGGAUUCUUCAGACGUUAGAGAGAGUGGUACUACAUAGUACUACAUAGAAAAAAAGAAAAAAGAAAAAAAAGUUUGUCUUUUUGGUUAAGAAUGGGAAGUGGCAACGUUCCACCGGCACAAAUUCCGACGAGCUUCGGACAUGAACUUCGAGCUUGCCUUCGUUGUCGCCUCAUCAAAACCUACGAUCAGUUCAGAGAAUCAGGAUGUGAGAACUGUCCCUUCUUCAAAAUGGACGAGGAUCACGAGCGUGUCGUCGAUUGCACUACUCCUAAUUUCAACGGGAUAAUUUCAGUUAUGGAUCCUACUAAAAGUUGGGCUGCUCGCUGGUUACGAAUUGGAAAAUUUGCCCCUGGCUGUUACACUCUUGCAGUCUCAGAGGCUCUUCCCGAGGACUUGAAGAAUUUAUGUGAAGAUGAGCGUGUGCAAUAUUUGCCACCAAAAGGUGUAUGAAAGUUGAUGAAAGCAUCUGAGUUUUGGUCAUUUUGAUGUAAGCCUUGUUAUAUAAAUCAGAACGUGGACGAAUGUUGUUGAAAGUAUUGGCCGAUAGCAUCAUUGGACAAUGCGGUUUAAGAUGCUGACUUUUGUAAUUUCUCCUUCUAGCUACUGUUAUAUUUAUCAGAAGUUCUAAGUGGUUUGGCCCUUUACAGCCUC